GUUCAGUGCUCUUUUUCUUCACUUUUUUAAUUUUUUGCAUCUUUUAUUCUUUUGCAAUUUCUUUAUCGGUUUUCUGAUUAAGAUUGUAACUAGCGAGGUAGCAAUAUCCUGAAAAGGAAAAGUUUCGAGAUUCUGAAUAGCAAUGAAGUUUACUUCCCAAUUUCAAUUUGUUAUCUUUUUCUUUGUGUCCUUAACUGUGGCACAUACAGUACCUGGUGUUGAUACGCUUCAAAGACAAGCUCUUGCUAAGAGAGAUGCAAACCUUGUUGAUGCAAUCUAUAACAACCUUAAACCAACUGAUUCUGAUUUUAUUCUUACCCAUCUUGGGAACUUGACCAAUGCUACUGGUUCAAAGUGCGACCAAUGUAAGAACAAAAUCAGAUAUGCGCGCUCACUUAUUGAUAACCAACCAGAGAAAGAACAUUUGAUUUCACUUCUCUUAUUUAAGUACUGUCUUUCCAAAAAUAAGAAUAAGGAAUCCAAGUGUGACCUGAAGGACUUCUUCGUUACAACCACCUCUAAAAACAAGGAAGCCACUUCAUUCGAAGCUGGAAUUGAUUCUACCACUGGAGUUAACUUUUAUGACAAUGAUUUCAUUAAAGUCUUAAAGCUUUUCAACACUUCAUCCGAAACUGAUCUUGAGUACUAUUGUUAUUACAAGGAGUCCACUUGUAAGCUUCCAAAGACCCCAGAUCUUGAUGUUGCAUUCAACCUUCUGUCGAAAUGGCCCAAGAAGGAUGCCAAACAUGAAGUUGCCCCAACAUUUGAUGGAAACUUAUCAACCUUCAAUGUGUUACAUAUUUCCGAUUUCCAUAUCCAAUUGAGAUAUCAGGUAGGUAGCGAAGCCAAUUGUAGCAAGACUCCAUGUUGUUUACCUGAAUCUGUGAACGCUGAACUUCCAACUCAAGACUACAACUUUACAAGCGUAUAUACUGAUAUUGAUGCUACCCUUGAUACAUUUGAAUAUUCGUUUUACCCGGAUGCUCAUUAUACUUCCAAUAACUCGUAUGUCAAGGGCGACUACUACGACCUUCCAAAAAGUAGAGGCUAUAAUUCAAACUCCUUACCAGCCUCCACAUUUGGUACUUACAUGUGUGAUUCUCCUGAAGUUUUAUUGAACAAUACUCUUGCACACAUUAGUAAUACAUCCAAGAACAAAAACUUCGAGUUUACUAUUUUCACUGGUGAUUUGGUUGACCACGAUGUUGUUCAUUGUGAUGCUGAUACCACCAAAAAAGCCGAAAUUAGAGGAUUUGGAAUGAUGAAGCAUUUCCUUGACCAUAUCCCAGUGUAUCCAUCUCUUGGUAACCAUGACACCUUCCCAUAUGGUCAAUUAUCUCCACUCGGUAAAAAGUAUAACAAUACUUACAAUUGGAAUGAUGCCUUAAUGAGUGAUUUGUGGGUGUCUAAUGGAUGGUUAGCUGAAAACAAGAGAAAUUUUGUCAAAUCUCACUACUCUGGAUUUUCCACUAUCACCGAAAGAGGAUUGAAGGUUAUUUCGCUUAACUCCAACUGUUACUAUCAAAAGAAUUUAUGGUCUUAUGUUAACAUUACUCAAGAUUAUGACCUUUUUGGACAAUGGGACUUUUUGAUUGACGAAUUGACUGAAAGUGAACGCAAGGGGGAGAGAGUAUGGAUUAUGGCACAUAUUCCACCAUCAGACUUUGAUGCCUUACCAAUUCAAUCUAAGGUUUUUGCAAAGAUUGUUGAAAGAUUUAGUCCUUACACUAUUGCCAAUAUCUUUUAUGGGCACACUCAUAUGGAUCAGUUUUCCAUUUUAUAUUCCUCAAAUGGAACUGUUCCGGUUAAUAUGGCAUGGAUUUCUCAAUCCGUGACCCCUUUGAGCAACUACAACCCUUCUUGGAGAUACUAUGAAGUUGAGGACAAGACCUUUAACAUCAUUAACUCUUACAAUUACUAUACCCAAUUAAAUGAAACUUUUACCAAUGGUGGAGACGAACCAGAAUGGGACUUUGAAUAUUCUGCAAGAGACGCCUACGAUCCUAAGGGAGAUUGGCCAUCCAAUGCGCCAUUAAAUGCCACAUUCUGGGACAAAUAUGUUGCUUCAAACAUUAGAAAUGAAUCUAAUAUUGAGUUUAACCAAUUAUACGCUGACUACAUGUUUAGAUUAUCACCUUAUGUUCCAGACUGUAAGAACGGAUCAGUUAUCUCCGAUGAAUGUUAUAACAAUAAUUGGUGUACUGCUGGUCAUUUUACUUCUGAAGAAUUCAUUGCAUGCGAAAGAGGUUAAUUUUUUAAAAAUAUAUAUAUGUC